CCUCUCUGCUCGGUUCAUCCUGCGUCGCUCAGCCCUGCUCAUCUCCAUGGCGCUCGGCCUCCUGCUCCAUCGCGCCCGCCGUUCCCUGGUGCCGCUAGCUCGCCGCACCCUUGCUUUCCCCGGCUGUCUCUCUCUCCACUGCUCAACCAUGGUGAAUCUCUCCCAGCCAGCCGAGGUCUCUUCCCUAGUGCCGCCAGCCAACUCAGGGGAGAUCUGGCGCUCGGCCGCCCUCAACUCCCAGCUCGGCCACCUACCUCCCUGGAUUGCUGCGCGUCCCUGGCUGGAGUUCCUCUGCUCGGCCGCCUGCCAUGGAGCUCGCCCUGCCCCCUGUUUCCAUGACCGGCGUCCUUCCCGUGGCCACCGCGCCGUGCUCCUCAAGCUCGGAGCUGCCUCUGCCCGUUUCCAGUGCCACGUCCCAGCCUCUCUGCUACCGCUCACCAUGGACGCCCAGCAGCUCCUUUUCUUCCAUCGCGCAGCACCAGCUUCCCUCUCCCAUGCCGACGCGUUCUGCUCUCUGUUGUUCCCAGUCCGUUCUGGCUGCGGGCGCGCUUGCCUCGAACCGCCAUGGUGCUCUGCGCCCCGAGCUCUCUGCGUGUCGCGCCGUUCCUAGCUCCCUAGCGCGCGCGAGUUCUUCUGCUAGCACUGCUCCCUGCGUCGCGCCCAGCUCUGUUGUCGCGCGAGCUCCACCUUCCUUAGCCGCCGUGCCUCUCUGCUGGUCGGAGCUCCAGCAUGCCGCGUCCAGCCCCUGCACCUUGUUUUUCUCUGCGACGUGGAGUCUCCUCGCCGCGUUCGGAUCUCGCCUGGUCGCCGUUGUCGCUCUGCUCGGCAUUCUGCGCGCCCAUUUCCCUGCUGUUGUGUCGACCGGAGUUUUCUGCUCGCCAGCGUGUCCUCUCGGCUCGCUUGGCCUGAAUUCUCAUCGCGUCGACGAUCUUGCCGGGUAUCGUCGUUCAUUGUCGGGUCGUGCGUACAACAGUCCCGGAUCUGUGCCGCCCUGGUCUUGUUGUCGACAUCGUUCGCCGUGGCUCAACUUGCUAGUUCGUCGUUAUUUCAUCGUCUCGUCUUGCUGACAGUCCCUACGUGCUGUCUUCGACUGGUGUUCGCGACGACAAAAGCAAUCCCCUAGUCGAUACCCCUGAUACUCGGCGAAAAGCCAGAACAAGAAUCGUCGCCAGUUAUGCGGAGUUCUAGUUCAUAUGGAAAGAUUCCAAGAAUUGUGGAUGGAAGAGAGAGUAAAGCUUAGUUCAAUGCUCGCCAGGUGUUCGAUCGAAGAUUUUAUUCGGAGACUGUCGACACUCUCGCAAGCUUUAAGUCGGAAUUAAUGGACGGUAAGUGGAUUCGUU